AAAUGGUAUAAAAAACUAUUUUUUCAUACCAUGGAUAUAUGCUUAUUGAAUGCUCAUGCCAUGUAUUUGACACAGAAUCCAGCAAAAGUUCCACUGGCCACAUUUCAACUUGCAGUGAUUAGGCAAAUAUAUAUACAGGGUUUCAAAAAACAGCUUCGAGAUCUGUUCACCUGGAUCUUGGAAAUAAAAGACUCGCACAAAGACAUUUUCCCGAUCUGGUUACAGUCAAGGAAGGCAGCAAAUCGGCCUACAGAAGAUGCUUUGUAUGUUCCCACAGCAAACAAAAACCUAAGAAAAGAAAAGAAACCAAAUAUAUGUGUAAGGAAUGCGAUGUUGGGUUGUUUCCAGCUCCAUGCUUCAAAAUAUAUCAUGAAGAAAAUCACUUCUGAAGUAAAAUGUCUUUCGAGUUUUUUUGAUACGAUGUGCUCUUAUUUUUGUUUUUUUGUCUUUAGGUAUUAGUUCUAGGGCUUCAAUUUUAGUUUUGAUUGACCUUCUUUAGUUCUAUUUACUACUGUU